UGCUCUUUUCUUCUUUUUCUUUGUUUUUGUUUUUUCAAGAGAGUUUCACCUUGAGAAGAUAGCUAGCUAUAAACAAUAUAAGAUAGUUAGGAUGGUUCAAACUGAUCUCCCAUUUUGAGUGGAAUUCAAACACUGCCCGAGCGAUUUUAGGGAAUUUAAACUUCAAAACAACUUUUAUCACCAUAACUUAUUCAAAACCGAAAAACAAAAUAUAAAAAAAGAGAGAAAUGGAAUGCUAGACUCUCAGCAUUUGUUGUAGCUAUAGACUCUCUCUCUCCCUUCUUCUUCUCGAGAAAAAUAAUGGAGAGGCUCGUCUUUGUUUCAUGCAUUCUAACCACAUGUCUUGCGUUGGCGAGCUGUGCACGAGUCGUAGAUCCAUCUGCCCAUGCACCAUCAUCAAUGGUCAUGGCAAUGUCAUCAAGCACAUCCUCCUCUUCUUCAUCAGGCACACCUCCGGGCACGGAUGAGUGCUCGGACAUCAUAUUCGGCAUGGCGGAUUGCGUGCCGUUUAUGACCGACGGUUCUAAAGACAUGAGGCCAGAUGGCUCGUGCUGCCCAGGGCUGGAGAUGGUGCUGAAAGCUAGCGAUGACUGCAUAUGUGAAGCCAUAGAGAGCUGCACUGAUUUAGGCAUACCUUUGAAUAUGACUAAGGCUAUGACUUUGCCUGCUGCUUGUGGCAUCUCUGCUCCUAAUUCUUUUAGUCAAUGUGGCAUUCCCUUGCUUCCUGGUGUUUCUGUGAGCCCAACUCCAAAAUCAUCACCAAAGAGCCCUCCAAAGAGGGCACCGGCAAGUUCCGACGAUGUAGUUCCAGCACCCUCCUCCUCCGUUGUCACAGCUCCAACGCGGUCUCCGAACUCCGGAACUUAUUCUACAUCUGCCUCACUUGUGCUUAUUCUUAGUAUGCUUUAUGCUUCAUUCUACUCUGUUUCAUUUUAGGCAGAAGGUUGUUCAUAGUUUGUUUCUUUUUGUUUCUAUCCUCAUGGCUAAUCUUUUUUCCUUUUUUUUUUGGUCGAACAUGGCUACUAA